AUGGAGUCUCGACGGAACCCUCGCGCCGUUGUCGAUCCAAAGGUCCGGCAAGUCGGCUUCUUCACAUCUCAACCCGAUUCGACUCAGCAACCCGACCCGAUCGCCUCCGCUUCUCAUCCCGUUUCCAGCAUUUCUCCCUCCGGAAAUUCCCUCUCCCCCGUCAUGAUUCCUCCGCCUCGCCACAACUCUUCCGAUACCUUCCCUCUUCGCGCCGCCGUUGCCUCAGCCGUAUCUCCUUCCUCGUUCUCCUACUCCAGCCGCCGCGAUUUCCCAGACGGCUCAACGACGGCGUCUCCUGGACGCGUUUCCAGGGCCAGUUUCGCGAGAUCGCAUGUUCCGGCUGCGUCUUCACUUCCCGGUGUCGGGAUGGAUUCUAUGGCGGCGGCUAAAUCUAGUAGCGUUCCGGCCAGUGGAUUAACCACUGUCUCCGUCGUGAAUAUGCCUCCUGGACUCUCUGCUGAAGGUGGGAAGGCGCCAUUAGUGACCUCAGGCACGGUGGCUUCAACAAAUGUUAAAGCUGCUAAACCAGCAAAGCCCACGUCUCAGAAGAACGACGUCGCUGUUGCUGCUGGACCAUCUGAGAAGAAGGGAGGUCCAUCUGAGAAAGACAGAAAGAAAGAUGCUCCUCAUCCUCGCAUGCAAUAUGAUGACGAGAGCAGAGUCGUCAAGGCGAAAAGACGUGCUGUUGUAAAACAGACCGAGGCUAAAAACAGGGUUGAGCUAUUUAGGCAUUUGCCUCAGUAUGAGCAUGGGACUCAACUUCCUGAUUUAGAGACAAAGUUCUUCCAGCUUGACCCUAUGCAUCCUGCUGUGUACAAGGUUGGUCUUCAAUAUCUCUCCGGGGAUAUAUCUGGUGGCAAUGCAAGGUGUAUUGCAAUGCUCCAAGCAUUUCAAGAGGUUGUCAAAGAUUAUUCUACACCGCCUGAGAAGACGCUUAACAGGGAUAUGACUGCGAAGAUAAGCAGCUACGUCUCUUUCCUCAUAGAGUGCCGUCCGCUUUCAGUUAGCAUGGGAAACGCGAUCCGGUUCGUGAAAAACAGGAUCGCGAAGCUGCCUAUAACACUUGCUGAAUUCGAAGCGAAAGCUGCUCUUCAGUCAGAUAUCGAACGGUUCAUCAACGAGAAGAUCAUAAUGGCAGAUACGGUGAUUGUCAAACACGCUGUUACCAAAAUAAGAGACGGUGAUGUGCUUUUGACAUAUGGAUCUCCAACUGCUGUUGAGAUGGUGUUGUUACGUGCGCAUGAGCUCAGGAAAAAGUUCCGUGUCUUGGUGGUUGAUUCUCGCCCGAAGCUUGAAGGGCAGCUUCUGCUUCGUAGACUGAUCAAACGAGGCAUUAACUGUACAUACACUCAUAUAAACGCCAUUUCGUAUAUCAUGCACGAAGUCACCAAAGUGUUUUUGGGCGCCUCGUCAGUUUUGUCAAACGGAACGGUUUACUCGAGGGUCGGGACUGCUUGUGUUGCGAUGGUUGCAAGUGCAUUCCGUGUCCCUGUCCUUGUCUGUUGCGAAGCCUACAAGUUCCAUGAGAGAGUGCAGCUGGAUUCAAUAUGCUCUAAUGAGCUAGGUGAUCCGAAUGCUAUUUCCAAAGUUCAUGGAAGAGAAGAUAUAAACUACUUAGAUGGGUUGACCAACAACACAAACCUGCAGUUUCUGAACUUAAUGUAUGAUGCUACUCCUUCAGAUUACAUUUCCAUGAUAAUCACAGACUAUGGCAUGGUACCUCCCACAAGCGUGCCUGUCAUUGUGAGAGAAUAUCAGAAAGAACACUUGCUCGUCUAA